AUGCUUUUAAUCAUUUUUCUUUCUCUUUCUUUAAUUCGACUCCCUUUUUCCGCUCGAUUAUUUGUUCGUUCUUUUUCCACGUUUUUCUUUCAUUCGAACAUUAUUCUUUCUUUCUCCCUUUCUCUCUCUCUCUCUCUCUCUCUCUCUCUUUCUGAGAUUCAUUCGCCUUAUUCUUUCUUUCUUUUCUUUCUUUCUUUUUCUUUCUUCCCUUUUCUUUCUUUUUUCUUUUUUCUUUCUUUCUUUCUUUCUUUCUUUCUUUCUCGUUCACGUUUUCAUCAUUUUUUUUUUUGUAUUUGUCUAUUUAUUUCUUUUUUCUUUUUCUUUCUUUUUUCUUUUAUCUUUUUCUUUCUUUUUCUUUUUUCUUUCUUUUUUCUUUUCUUUUUCUUUCUUUUUUCUUUCUUUUUCUUUUUUCUUUCUUUUUCUUUUUUCUUUCUUUUUUCUUUUCUUUUUCUUUCUUUUUUUAUAUUUCUUAUAUAUUCUUUUAUAUUUCCUAUAUUCUUUCGUUCGGACAUCUUUUCGUUCUUCGUUUUUUUUAUCAUCAAUAAUUCUUUCUCUAUUUCAUUCAUCUGA